AUGCUCUUCCAGCUGCGUGCUCACAAUCCGGCCGAGUCUAUCAACUCCAACCCAUCCUCGCAGACUUCCACCAACUCAUCCUCCUCAGCCGAACACCAUCCCCACCAGCCCCACCAGCUCUUCAGCUACGCGGGCCCACUCUCCACCCCCACGCCCCCAUCGGCAGCGGGCUCAGCACAAGCCAUCAAGAGCUCCUCCUCCUCCGAGUCCUUGAACAACAGCAUCCCUCCACCAUCCUCUGCCGCCAGCAGCAGCAGCCAGAGCAUCUUCAACUCCGCAAGCUCCCUCGCCGACACCAGCAUCGGCAUGCUCCCCGAUUUUCUCAAUUCCCAACAAGCAGCCAUUCCGGGACUGAGCCCGCCUGCCACGCGGAAGGAUGAUACCGCAGCCGAUCACAUUCCCAAUAAUCACCACCAUCACUCCACCAGCCACCGCCAAGCGGAGCCGCCCCUGCUCGUCUCCACCCUCAACUUGCCCCCCUCCUGCUCCUCAUCAGCUGCCUCCUCAUCCUCCGCCCUCGACCACUCGCCCGGCUCGAUCAACGGCAAUCCUAUACUCGGCUCCAAACCGGCCACCUCGGCGGCUUCCCCGGCCUCCAUCUGGCCCACGCCCACCACGGCCGCCCAUCUACCCGCGGAAUUCAAUGACCCAUUCAGAUUAUUCCAUCUACCGCAACAACCCCAGCAAGCUCAACAGCAGCAGCAGCCUUUUAUCCAGACCCAUCAGCAACAGCAGCCCUCCGGCUCCUCCUCUUCCUCCUCACCCUCCUCACACUCCAACCUGAUUCCCCCGCUGGCUCAACCUCAACCACGAUCUCAACCCGGCCAGAUGCUGCUCGAUCCGUCGACCGAGUUUGUCUUCGGCACUCAGCCUUCCGAUCUAUCCACUCACGACUUCCUCCCCUCGCCGCCAUCCCCCUCCACCCUCCUCGCCCAACAUCACUUUCAUCCUCUCAACCACCAUCCCCUCUACCAGCAUCCCUACAACCGCCAUAACUCAAUCUCGAGCCCGAUCGACCAUCCAUCAUUCGUCCAAGCCGUCCAGAUUCAACCGUACCCCCAUCACCCUCACCAGCCACAUCCACACAACCCGUGGAAUGCCCCCGUCGAUAUCGUUCACCCGACCACGUUUUAUGACCCGUUCCAGAUCAAACACCGUCGCCGAACUACUCCUGCCCAGCUUGGUAUAUUAGAAGCGCAAUUCCAGGCGAAUUGCAAGCCCGAUGUCGCGCUGCGAAAGCAGCUUGCCGAUCGACUCGACAUGACCCCAAGGGAGGUUCAGGUUUGGUUUCAAAAUCGCCGAGCUAAAACCAAGAAGCUAGAGAAAAGAGCCGAGCAAGAGUCUAGCAAGAGUGUCGAGUCCGAGCCGAACGGCAAUUCAUCUCGACCCGAAGCAAGCCCCCCUGGAUCGAUCUAUCUUAGUCCCCCCUCGAUGCGAGCCCUCGUCUUACCCGCCGGUCUCAAUGAUAAUCCAGAUCAACCUCGCAUCGGCGUAUCUCACCCAAGCUUGACUAGCACGGCACAUGCUAACGGCGAGAGUGAAGAGGUGGAAGAAGGACUGCAAUAUCGAUUUGAUACCAACACCGAUCGUCGACAUCGUUCUCACUCCUUACAUCAUCACCCUUAUUAUCUCCCUCCUUCGAAUCUCUUCUCUGGCCAGGCUGGCAACGCUCUUACCCCCUUGGCGAUCGGAAAUGGUACACUCUCCCAGCAGCAUCAGCAACAGUUUGGCGAUCCUAGCGCCGAUGACCAAUCCCUGAUCUGUCGCAGGAGCAGUAACACCUCUAUCGCUUCAUCCACCGCCACGGCUACCGACUCCAAUCUUAUCCGUACUCCCACAACCACAGAAUUUAGUACUGAGGAUAAUGGCACCGGAUUACCUGAUGGGUUUGAUCCCCGAAGACGAUCAUCCUGUCCUGCCGAAUUCAUUCAAUCCUUUGGUCAUUUCGGAUUAGCAAAUGGUCAAUUGACAGAUGUGACGAAUGCCCAGAUCGGCUUGGAUGCCUCUUUUACGCCGACGACGAGCCAAACCGGCGAGCAUCUCCCAUCCAAGCUAUCUCUCGCGCCUAACCCUUCUGCUCCAUUCACGAUUCUGGAAGAUCAGAACGGAGGAUGGGAAGCUCAAGCUGAAUGCUGGAAGACCGAGACGAGUCGCGAAGGGAUCCAGAGGCGACACUCUCUGGCGACCAUCGGGAGUCCACUGGGGGUGCAAGACUUCCACUCCAACCGACCCAUCCCCACCGACUCCCUCACCCCGUCCCAAAAUGGUCUCUCGUCGCUCUUCCCUUGGGGACCAGUCGGGUAUCCGGCCAAGCACUUGUCUUCCUUCGACUCCCAUAACUCCCCCGCCAUCGUGCCCACUACCAAUGUCUCUAAUGGGUGCAUGUCGCAAGGCUAUGGCCGUAGGGCUUCUACAUCAGUCCUCAAAUCCAUCGAAGAACACCCUGGAAAUAUGUGGAACUAA